AUGUGUACGGAUCUCAGUCCUUUUGAUGAAGUCACAAAAACAGGACGUAAUAUUAAGGACGAAGAAAAAGAAAAGGUGUGCAAGCCCGAGCUCAAGAAGUUCAAUGGUAUAACAAGGAAUUUAACAAUAGUUCUGUUUCUCAUCCAAUACACAUCGGUACUAAUAGUAAUUUCUCACUUGGUUGAAAACUUGAACGAAGUGCUUUUUACCUUGACCGAAACAGUUACAGUGGAUAAUGGAAUUAAAAUAGGAGUUAGAGGUGGAGUGUUAAUAAACGUGAAAAAGCUUUGGCUGUUGUCAACAAUACGGGACUUGCAUGCUUCUGUUUUGGAAGUUUGCCAAGAAGUUGAUCAAACUGGACUCAUUGUUCAUCAAUUGAUUAGAAAUGCACUAAAUGGAGCACUUUUAAAAGAGCUGAAUGAAUUUUCAACGUAUCUCCUUCACGUAAAAAUAAAAUUUUCCGCAUGGGGUUUUUUUGAUUUGGAUGGUUCUUUGGUACAAUCCAUUAUUAGUUCAGUUACAACAUACUUAGUCAUAUUAAUUCAAUUUCAAAUGAGUUCACCUAACGAUCAUGGAAAGCAAUAA